AUGGCUCCCUCGCAGCAAGCAGCAUGGCGCAAUGCGCCCGAUGCCGAGGAGCUGGAGCGUCGAAGAACUGUCAAUAUCAACAAGGAGACUGUAACCGACAUCAGCUCCAUCGAAUACCCUGGCCACGUCCCUGGCGAAGAUGCCGCCUUCACAAUCGAGCGCUUCCAGUCCGACUUCUCCGUCGACUUUCACCAAAACGAGCAGUUCCACGCCUCCUUCUCGCUCGUCGGCCUCGACGCCUCCAUCGCCAAUGCCUUUCGCCGCAUCCUCAUUGCCGAGAUCCCCACUCUGGCGAUUGAGAACGUCUUCAUCGAGAACAACACGUCGGUGAUCCAGGACGAGGUGCUGGCGCACCGCCUGGGCCUGAUCCCCUUCAAGGGCGGCCGCGAGGGCCUUCAGAGCUUCCUCAAGUGGUACAAGAAGCCCGCCGACGCCGAAGAUGACUACACCGGUGGCUUCGACUACAACACGGUGCGCCUCGAGCUCAACGUGACGUGCACGGCCAACAAGGACGCCGACCGCGACGAGACGGACCCGACCAAAGCCUAUCACAACGCGCACGUCUACGCCCGCGACAUUGUCUUUGUGCCCAUGGGCGAGCAGGAAAAGUACUUUUCCGGCGACGACGCCAUCGCCCCCGUCAACCCGGACAUUCUCAUCGCCAAGAUGCGGCCCAAGCAGACCAUCAACCUGUCCAUGCACAUGCACAAGGGCAUCGGCGCCGACCACGCCAAGUUCUCCCCCGUCGCCACCGCCUCGUAUCGCCUCCUCCCGACCAUCAAGAUCCUCAAGCCCAUCGUGGGCGUCGACGCCGAAAAGUUUCAGCGCUGCUUCCCGCGCGGCGUCGUCGGCCUGCACAAAAUUGCCAAAAAGGACGCGACGCCCGGCAGCGGCCUCGAGGGCCACGUCGGCGAGAUGCGCGCCGUCGUCGAGGACGCCAUGAAGGACACCGUCAGCCGCGAGUGCCUGCGCCACCCCGAGUUCGAGGGCAAGGUCAAGCUCGGCCGCCGGCGGGACCACUUCAUCUUUUCGAUAGAGAGCACCGGCCAGUGGGACAGCGACGAGCUGUUCAUCGAGUCGGUCAAGCACCUCAAGAUGAAGUGCCAAAGACUUGAGAAGCAGGUCAUCAACAUGGUGCGGUAA